CUGUGAUUUUACUUGAAAUGAAGGCGACGGCCUGAUAGGUUAUGAUUUGCAAAGAGCGUGGGUUCAGGAUCACUUGUCUGUACUGUAAAGUGUUAUUAGCGCUAAUAUUUCGCUUCAGGUAGAGGAGGGGCGUGCGCCACAGGUGCUGGAGACGGGGAGCGCCUUUUCCGCUGCUGGAGAAACGCACGCACAUUCACCUGUAGCAAAACAAGCUUUCCAGGUAAAUGAUGUCUCGUGAUACUAAAACAGAGUCGCAACAAUCUCAGGGCACUUCAAGUUCCUCGUCCUCCAGUGCUCCUCAAUCUUACAGUCAGUCGUCUUCAUCGGGUACAUUAAGUUCUUUGGAUACUGUUCCAGUGCAAGAUCUUGCGUCCAUUCCUGAAGACCCUGAGAUAGACGAGGAUAUACCCCAGCCUUGGGGUCGUCUCUGGGCUCUUGGGAAGGGCUUUCUAAAUCAUGAUUGCCUGCAUGAAGAAUAUGUAUUUGGAAGAGACAAAAAAUGUGAUUACACCUUUGAUAUUCCAGUACUAAACCAGACCGACAGGUACAAAACAUAUAGCAAAAGGCACUUCAGAAUAUUUCAGGAAUUAGGUCAUGGACACUCCCGUGUUGCUUACAUAGAAGAUCUGAGCGGCAACGGAACAUUUGUUAACAAGGAGAUUAUUGGAAAAGGGCGGACAUUGCCUUUAACAAAUAAUGCCGAGAUUGCACUUUCAUUACCAACUAAUAAAGUUUUUGUUUUUUCAGAUUUGUCUGUGGAUGAUCAGACUAUAUAUCCUAAGGACUUCAUUGAUAAAUACAUCAUGUCAAGGCCAAUCGGAAGUGGGGCUUGCGGGGAAGUGAAAUUGGCUUUUCAAAAGUCAGUAUGCAAGAAGGUUGCUGUAAAAAUCAUCAGUAAAAGAAAAUUUAAAAUGAACACUUCUAGUAAUGAACACCCUAUAUCUGUUGACACAGAAAUAGAGAUCCUGAAAAAACUUGAUCAUCCCUGUAUCAUUAAAAUAGAGAAUUUUUUUGACUCUGAGGACUUCUAUUACAUUGUGUUGGAACUGAUGGAAGGAGGCGAACUGUUUGACAGGGUGGUAAAUUCGACAAGACUCCGAGAACCAAUUGCCAAACUGUAUUUUUAUCAGAUGCUGCUAGCUGUUCAGUACCUCCAUGAAAAUGGGGUGAUACAUCGUGAUCUGAAGCCUGAAAAUGUGCUGUUGUCAUCCACUAGUGAAGAAUGUUGCAUAAAGAUAACGGAUUUUGGACAGUCAAAAAUUCUGGGUGAAACGUCUUUAAUGAGAACUUUGUGUGGAACUCCUACAUACUUGGCGCCUGAAGUUUUGAAUACAGCAGGCACAACUGGAUACAGUAGUGCAGUGGAUUGCUGGAGUUUAGGAGUCAUCCUUUUUGUGUGUCUUUGUGGAUAUCCCCCCUUUUCAGAACAAAAUAGUAACAUUCCCUUGAAAAAUCAGAUUGCAGAGGGAAAAUACACCUACAUUGCUGCUGCUUGGAGAAAUGUAUCAGAACAAGCAUUUGAUUUAGUCAAGAAUCUUCUUGUUGUUGAUCCUGAGCAAAGACUUACCACUAAACAAGCACUGGAACAUCCCUGGCUUCAGGACGAUUCUAUGAAGCAUACUGUUGAAAGGUUAAUGUAUGGGGUUGACCACACAAUGCCUCCUCCAAUCAAGAAAAACAUAAUUCGAAAACGGGGACAUGAAUGGGAUCAAGAUGCCAGUACUUCAUCUUGCUCAGAGAUAUUACCAACAUCAGCCGAAAAGAGAGCAAAGAGAUAAAACAAAAAAAAUACAUUGCGCUCUAUUUAAUAAAUGUUUUUGUAAAAAAA